ACAAGUGAGUUCUGCGCAUGGAAUUUAGUGCUUGGAUUGGAACUGACAAGGGAGCGCUGAAAGGAGUUGAUGUCUCUAAAGCUCAAUUUAGGAACUGUGGGCCGAAGCAAGAGCUAGACACCCGAAAGGAAAUUCGGAGCCUUCAGUGGAAUAAUGAGCUAGAAACGGAGCUGUUGCUUGGGCAGCGUGAUGGAAUUGUGAUAAAAUUUAUUGUGGAAAAAGACGCAUUUGAAAUUGUCUCAGAUACAUCAUCUGUGUUUGCAAGAGAAGACGAUUUCAUGGCUGGCGCCUUGUGGAUAAGCAAAGAAGAUCUCCUCUUGACAUGUACAACGUCAGGACGAUUACUCAUUAAGAAUAUUAGAGAAGGAAGCAUUGUGGGAGAUGUACAUGUUGGAAGCCACGUUGCUUGCUUGUGCCAGAAUUUUGGUGAACAUUGUCAGGUUGCUGUAGGUGGCCAUGAAAAUGACCUGAAGGUUUACAAUGUUAGACAUCUUGAGUCCAACUUCAAACCGUUCUUUCAAGCUAAAAAUGUCAGAAAUGACUUUGUUGAUCUUAGAGUACCCAUAUCAGUGACUGUUACCGCUUUCUUUCCAAGUAGCAGUGAUCAACCAAAGUUGAUAGCUGGUACUGCAGACAGCCAUGUCAGGUUAUAUGAUACUAGAAGUCAACGACGACCUGUGUUAUCAACUAAGCAUGGAGAAGCUGCAAUCACUGCAUUGGAUAUACUUUCAAAUGGUGUGGCAGUUAUUGUGGGAACUGCACAUGGCACCAUGUCCAACCUGGAUUUGAGAAAGUCCCUUGCAUGUAGUGGCAGUUUCAAAGGUGCUGCUGGUAGCAUCACAGAUAUCAAAUCAUCUGGUUCAUACAUAACAUCAUGUGGACUAGAUAGACACUUCCGCAUUCAUCACAUUGACAUGCAAAAACCCUUGAGGAAAGUCUACAUCAAACAACAGGCAUCUAGAAUUGUCUUGUCCAGUCACUUUAUUCAAUCAUUGUCUUCGAAGCCUCACGUAAAUCCUGACACUGGCAUACACAGUAACAAGCAGAGGGAAGUAGCAGUGUCAGCAAACGAAUUGGGAGCUCAAACACUAGAUGCAAUCUGGCAGACAAUGGAUGUUGUCUCUGAACCUAGUUGCAAGAAGCCCAGACUACUAAAGAAACUGUAGCAUGCUGAUCAAACAAAUUUGUAUUGUACGUAUUUAUUAUACUAAGUCUAGCUCAGAUCUGAUAAGUUGAUUGUUGACAGCGUGGUGGGAGGAGUAACAAUGGCUGUGUUCGUAGCUGUUUGUGUUUUCUGCUGGGCAGUUAGUCCAAUACUAGAAGCUGUUAUUGGCUGGGUCUGUAGUUUAGUUUGCUCUGUCUGUCCUUGAUCAGAAACUCGGUGGGGUUGUUGCUCUUG